AUGAAGCUCCCAACCUCGCUCUUCCUCAGCCUAGGCUGCGUGCUCCACGUCGAUGCGCUCUACAGCAAAUCAUCGCCUGUGCUUCAGGUCACUGCGAAGAACUAUGACUCCCUGAUCGCACAGUCCAAUCAUACUUCUAUUGUCGAGUUCUACGCACCCUGGUGUGGCCACUGUAAGAAUCUCCAACCCGCGUAUGAGAAAGCAGCGAAGAGUCUUGCGGGUCUAGCCAAGGUCGCAGCCGUCGAUUGUGACGAUGAAGCCAAUAAAGCCUUCUGCGGUCAGAUGGGUGUUCAAGGGUUUCCCACUCUCAAAAUCGUCAAACCGGGAUCGAAGCCAGGUCGGCCUGUUGUUGAGGACUACAUGGGACCAAGAUCCGCCAAAGGCAUUGUGGAGGCUGUGAAGGACAAAAUUCCAAAUCAUGUCAAGAAACUACAAGGUGAUGCUCUGGCUACAUGGCUCGAGGACAAAGCUACCCCAGCGAAGGCGAUUAUAUUCACGGAUAAAGGUACUACCAGUCCAUUAGUCAAGAGUCUGGCGAUCGAUUUUCUCGGCACCAUCGCCUUCGCGCAAGUGAGGGACAAGGCGACCGCUGAGGCGCAUGGAGUCUCUAAGUUUCCCACGAUCCACCUCAUCCCAUCCACAGGAGCAACACCUAUUCCGUACGAGGGAGAUAUCAAUAGGGACUUCUUGGUGAGCUUCUUCAGCCAAGUCGCCGCUCCGAAUGCAGACCCCGCUCCAAAGGCGAAGACACCCAAGUCUUCAAGCAAGAAGCCGAGAUCGAAGCCAUCCUCAUCGGCUUCUGCAGCCUUCUCAAGAGCUUCUGAGGCUCAUAAAUCAUCUGAGUUUGAAGAGCACCUCGCAGGCUCCAGCACGAUUGUGCUCGAUGAUACGCCUCCGACCGAGUCCCCUCUGCCCAUAGUCGACACGGAAGAGAAGCCAAUGGUCAUUCCGCAUGCGGUGGCUCCUAUUCCUAUCCUCAGCUCUCCUGCCGAGCUUGAGGCUGCUUGCUUGUUACCAAAGAGCGGUAACUGUAUCUUGGUCUUGCUUCCUGCGGAACCUGCGCCAUCUCAGGCUACGACUUCAGCGUUGUCAGGAUUCGCAGAAAUUGCAGACAAGUACAAUAAGCGCAAGGCGAUUGUGAUACCGAUGUAUGCUGUGCCUGCUGAAAAUCAAGUCGCGACUCAGAUUAGAAAUGACCUUGGUCUCGGCCCAGAUGAGAAGGUGGAAAUCAUCGCAACAAAUAUGAAGAGAAGAUGGUGGAGGCGUUAUCAGGCCAAUUCUUACGAUAUUCUCGACCUUGAAAGUUUCAUCGAUGCCAUCAAGCUCGGGGAAGGUCCAAAGUCGACGUUGCCAGCUGGGUUUGGGGCGGCCGCCGCGGAAGCUUCAGAGCCAGAAGUUGUAGGGUCGACCGAGACUGUUGACUCUAACGAAGAUACCGCCGAGCCUGAGCCUGAACCUGAAGACACGCCAACUGCGGAGACCACCUCGGAGGUCUCGAGCGAAGCUGAACCGGAACCAGCAGAGACUCCAGUCGCUGAGCACGACGAACUAUGA